AUUAAAAUAUGGAAAUGUAAUAUAAAACUAAAAAUACAGUUAACUGUGACUGAGUACUACUGAUUCAUUAAUGCUGUUGUGGUGUAUUUUCAAUGAAGCUAGUGGCUGUGUUUGGCUGGAUGUCUAUCGCUUCCCACAAGAUGUGUGGAUCAAAGAGCUGGAAACCAAACAGGCUACGCAAACCCCACAAACCACAGAAGCCAAACUGUCUCCAGUAGUCUUACUCAUGAAGAUCAAACCUCCAGAAAUCCCUGCAGGAACCUCUCUGAAAAGUCCAUCUGACGUCCUACAGAAGACAGAGGAAGGCACUAUAAUAGGCUCAGGCCAAAAUCACCUCAUUAGUAGUCGUCAAUGGGAAAACCAGGAUGCAGCAUUUAGGAAAAUUUUCCACCACAGCAAAAAGCAGAAGGUCCAAGGUAGGCUUGAUUAA